AUGAGCCGAGGGAAGAAGGAAGCACCGGCCAGGCGGCGGCUGGAGCACCCUGGGACGCAGCUCGUGUCUGUGCAGAGUCAUUCCCUACCAGCCCGAGUCUCGGGACCUGGACUGAGGAGACGUGUCCCUGCUCAGUGCUGGGCAUUUCACGGUGUCCGGGCACCUCCUGUCACCCUCUGGCGCCAGCCCGGCACCAGGCACCGCUUUGCUCCAGCACGGCUUGGGGCUGUGGCAGCAGCUUCCCGAGGCCACAUGGCACCGACGGGGACAGUGCCUGCCUUGUCGCUGUCCCCUCGAGGCAGGCGUGACUGCUCACCGGCAGCUGAGAUGAUGAGGGCUGUAUUCCUGCUUCCUUCUGGGGCAAAGACAGACAUCUCUGGAGCUGGGUUUGUUUUGUGGGAUUGGAGAAGGGGAGAAGGCCCUGGGAGGAGGAGCACCUUCAUCUCUCCAGAUACGGAGUGGGUCUUCACUGUCGGGGAGAAAAGGAUACUGUGGCACUGGGUCCCUGCAAAAGAUAGUAGCGAGGGACCCCGAUUCCCCACCUCAUCCCCCUUUCCCUUGCCCCCUGGGGUGGGGGUCCUGGCUCUCAGAGCCAGGAUCAGGCCAACACUGCCCACAGUCCUGGUCUGCCCUAGAGCAGGGAGCAGGGAGGCAUUUUGGGGUUGCAGUGGAUCUGAGUGGAGAGUAACACUCCGUGUGCCUCUGCCAGGGCCGGGGGCCAGGAUGGGGCUGCUGGUGCUGGCCCUGGCCACCUGGCUGGGGCUGGGGCUGGCCUCCGAGGAGGCGGCCAACAGCAGCCGGAUCUGCCAGGAGGCACCGGUAUGGACCAUCAAUGGCUCGAGCCCCAUGGAGGGGGCGGCAGGGCAGGUGACGGUGGUGGCCCUGCUGAAGGCCAGCUGACAGUUCUGCCUGAGGCAGGCCCACAGCCUCGGGGGCCUGCGGGAGCGGCUGGCCCGGCAGGGCACGGCCCAUGUCCGCUUCAUGAUCGUCAACGAGAAGGCGCCGCUGUCCCGCGCCAUGCUCCCCGAGCUGCGGCGCCAUGCCCCGCCCGGCGUGCCCGUCCUGCAGCCCGAGCAGGAGGACCCUGACGUCUGGCAGGUCCUGGGGGGUGACAAAGACGACUUCCUGGUUUAUGACCGGUGUGGCCGCCUUGCUUUCCACAUCCAGUUGCCCUUCAGCUUCCUCCAUUUCCCCUAUGUGGAGGCAGCCAUCCGCUACAGCCACAUCAAGGACUUCUGUGGCAAUUGCUCCCUCUACCCCAACACUACCCAGGAGGCUAACAGUACCAUGGAGGGCCCUGCAACCCCAAGCUCACUUCCUGAACGCGAGGGGAUGGAAUCAGAGACCCCCAUCCACCAGCACAAGCCUCUCCAUCCUCACCGCCAUCAUGAGGUCAGCAGCGAGAGAGACACAAACCCAAGUGAGCACCAUAAACCUGCUACCCAUGCUCACCACCACCACCAUGGAGACCAUGGCCAGCUCCACCACAAGGGGAAGAAGCAGAAGGAGGGGGAUGAGCAUUAA